AUGCAAAACAAUGUCACUGUUUAUGAGUGGGGCAGUUUGAAACCUGCCAGUUUGUAUUCUUUUACAUUUGAAUUCAAACAGUUAUGCUUGGAUUUUAUAAAGGUAUUUCAGAGACUGGAUGUUCAAGUGGAAACAGGCCCAUUAUCAGCACAGAAUUUCACAGUUACUCAUGUGAAGCCAACAGAAAUAUUUUUACGCUGGGACCCUCCAGAUCCUGUAUCUUUUCACCAUUAUGUUGUGACUAUUUUGGAUGUUGAAAACAAUAAAUCAGAAGAGAUGUUUGUUGAAAAACUCAAUACAUCAACAGCAAUCGGAAAUCUCAGAUCUUUCCAUCGUUAUCUGAUAUAUCUAUUCAGUGUAGCAGAAAGAGGAACUUUAAGCUGCUUUGAGAAACCUAUUUCAGCCAUUACAGGUAUUAACCCACCCCAGAAAGUUUAUGCUAAACCUGAAGAUGUGGGAGAGAACAGUAUAAUAAUUCAGUGGGAACCCCCACAAGAUGGCCAUGAGGUCUACAUUCAAGUCAAAUCCAUAUCAGAUACAAGAGAAGUCAUCAAGCUUUUUGUAAAGGAUGCUAAUAGAUUCAAGAUUGAUAAUUUAAUCCCUGGGAUGACAUAUGACAUUGGAGUGGCAACAGUGAUGAAUGGGAACUUGAGUGAGCUGGUAACUCUUCAACAAACUCUAAAGCCCAAACCAGCUCAAAUUGUUAUCCCUUAUGAAAGUCAUAGUACCUCUGUCAUCUUAUUUGUUCAAAUGCCUGAUAUCGGAGUGUUUGAUGGCGUACAUAUCGCAGUUGAAGGAGGGCCAAAUGUAACCAUGCCUUUACAGGGUGACAAUAAAUUUACUGUUGACAAGUUAACUCCAGGAACAGAAUAUAACUUCUUUGUUUCCGUCAUCAGUGGAACUAAAUUAAGUAAUAUGUAUUAUGUGCCUGCAGUAAAAACAUGUCUAGAAGCUCCAUCAAAUAUCCUUGAGGGCAAAGUUACAGACUCUUCCAUAGAAAUUCUCUGGAAUCGAGCUGAUGGGAAUUUCCAGCAUUAUGAAGUAACAUGCAUAAGCUGUGCCGCUGCUUUCACGGUCCAGAAGGUAGUUCAAGAAACAGCAACGUUCUCCAACCUGGAUCCUGCCACAGUGUACACCUUUUCAAUUCGCACUGAAAAAGAAGGUUUUAAAGAUAGUACUCCUAACACAAAAGAAAUACAGACAGAUCCAGACCCACCAUCAAAUUUGCUGAUUUUUGGGCAGGAAGAAAACACAAUAUAUUUAUCUUGGAAACUCCCACAAGGAGGCUUUGAAAAGUUUCAGAUAUCCUAUUGUAUGACAUCUAGAAGGGAAAAACUAUUUAAAGUAAUUGUUUAUGGCAACAAAGCCAAAAUAAAGAACUUGACUCCGGGUGUGGACUACACGUUUCAUGUGGAGACAGUUAGAGGCAAAGAUUACAGUGUAUCUGUAAUGAAAAAAGUGACUACAAAACCGGAAAAACCCGAGAAAGUUAAAGUCUUCAAUAUUUCUGCACAUUCCUUUUCUCUGCGCUGGAGCCUGCCCUCCGGCCAUGUGGAAAGGUUUCAUGUGGAUCUUGUUCCUGACAGUGGCUUUGUUACUAUCAGAGAUCUUGGAGGUGGAGAAUAUCAGGUUGAUGUUUUCAAUGCUGUUCCUGGUACUAGGUACGAAGUAACCAUCUCUUCCAUUUCUGCUACAACAUACAGCUCACCUGUUAGUAGAAUAGUGACAACGAACGUGACAAAACCAGGGCCUCCAGUCUUCCUAGCAGGGGAAAGAGUAGGAUCUGCUGGGAUCCUUCUCUCUUGGAAUACACCACCAAAUCCAAGUGGGAGAAUUUUAUCUUACGUUGUGAAAUACAAGGAAGUUUGUCCAUGGAUGCAAACAGUAUAUACACAAGUUAGAGCAAAGCCAGACAGUCUGGAAGUCCUUCUUACCAACCUCAAUCCUGGAACAACGUAUGAAAUCAAGGUUGCUGCUGAAAAUAGCGCUGGCGUUGGAGUGUUUAGUGACCCAUUUCUCUUCCAAACUGCAGAAAGUGCUCCAGGAAAAGUGGUGAAUCUCACGGUGGAGGCCUUUAACUAUUCAGCAGUAAACCUGAUUUGGUAUUUACCUCGGCAACCAAAUGGCAAAAUUACCAGCUUCAAGAUUAGUGUCAAACACGCCAGAAGUGGGAUAGUAGUGAAAGAUGUCUCCAUCAAAGUAGAGGACAUUUUGACUGGGAAAUUGCCAGAAUGUAAUGAGAAUAAUGAAUCUUUUUUAUGGAGUACAACCAGCCCUCCUCCAACUCUUGGUAGAGUUACGCCUCCAUCCCGUACCACAUAUUCAUUGAGCACGUUGGCAUGGAGUAAGAUUAGCUCUGUGUGGAAAGAGCCUAUCAGUUUUGUAGUGACACAUUUGAGACCUUACACGACGUACCUUUUUGAAGUUUCUGCUGUUACAACUGAAGCAGGUUACAUUGAUAGCACGAUUGUUAGAACGCCAGAAUCAGUGCCUGAAGGACCGCCACAAAACUGUAUAACAGGCAACAUUACAGGAAGAUCGUUUUCAAUUUCGUGGGACCCGCCAACUAUAGUAACAGGGAAAUUUAGUUACAGAGUUGAAUUAUAUGGACCAUCAGGUCGGAUUUUGGAUAAUAGCACAAAAGACCUUAAGUUUGCAUUCACUAACCUGACACCAUUUACCAUGUAUGAUGUGUACGUUGCGGCUGAAACCAGUGCAGGGACUGGACCCAAGUCAAACACUUCAAUAUUCACUCCUCCAGAAGUUCCAGGUGCAAUAUCUGAUCUAGAAGCUGCAGCAGUAGAAGCCACACAAAUAAGAAUUACUUGGAAGAAACCACGACAGCCAAAUGGAAUCAUUAACCAAUACCGAGUGAAAGUACUGGUUUCAGAGACAGGAGUACUUUUGGAAAAUACUUUGCUCACAGGAAAGGAUGAGUAUAUAAACGACCCCAUGGCUCCAGAAACUGUGAACACAGUAGAGUCCAUGGCAGGAUUAUUUGAGGGUUCAGCAGAGAUGUCUUCUGACCUGUACUCGCUUGCUUCAGUUAUUUAUAACAGUCAUCCACAUAACUUUCCCGCGGGGAAUAGAGCUGAAGACCAGCAUUCAACAGUUGGAACUACAAGGAAUCAGUAUAUCACCGACAUUGCUGCCGAACAGCUGUCUUACGUUAUCAGGAGACUUGUGCCUUUCACUGAGCACAUGAUUAGUGUAUCUGCUUUCACCAUCAUGGGGGAAGGACCACCAACGGUUCUCAAUGUUAGGACAAGUGAGCAAGUGCCAAGCUCCAUUAAAAUUAUAAACUAUAAAAAUAUUAGUUCUUCAUCUAUUUUGUUAUAUUGGGAUCCUCCAGAAUAUCCCAAUGGAAAAAUAACUCAUUAUACAAUUUAUGCAAUGGAACUGGACACAAACCGAGCCUUCCAGAUGACUACUAUAGAUAACAGCUUUCUCAUAACAGGGUUAAAGAAAUACACGAAAUAUAAAAUGAGAGUGGCUGCUUCAACUCGUGUUGGAGAAAGUUCUUUGUCUGAAGAAAAUGACAUCUUUGUGAGAACUCCAGAAGAUGAACCAGAGUCAUCACCUCAAAAUGUUGAAGUUACUGAUGUUACUGCAAGUGAAAUAAGUUUGAAGUGGUCACCACCUGAGAAACCCAAUGGGAUUAUUGUUGCAUACGAAGUGCUCUAUAAAAAUAUAGAUACCCUAUUUAUGAAGAACACCUCAACAACAAGCAUAAGUUUAAGGGACUUAAAACCUUACACCCUCUAUAACAUUUCUGUAAGAUCAUAUACCAGAUUUGGUCACGGUAACCAGUUAUCAUCUUUACUCUCUGUAAGGACUUCUGAGACUGUGCCUGGUAGUUCCCCAGAAAAUAUUACUUACAAAAAUAUUUCCUCUGGAGAGAUUGAGCUGUCAUUCCUUCCCCCGAGUACUCCCAAUGGAAUCAUUCACAAAUAUACCAUUUAUCUCAAGAGAAGUGAUGGAAAGGAGGAAAGAACUCUAAAUACAACCUCUUUGACCCAGAGCAUUAAAGGACUGAAGAAAUAUACCCAAUAUAUGAUUGAAGUGUCUGCUAGUACCCUCAAAGGUGAAGGAGUUCGGAGUGCACCCAUACAUGUAUUGACUGAAGAAGAUGCUCCUGAUUCACCCCCUCAAGACUUCUCUGUAAAACAGUUGUCUGGUGUCAUGGUGAAGUUGUCAUGGCAACCACCCCUGGAGCCAAAUGGAAUUAUCCUCUAUUACACAGUUUAUGUCUGGGAUAGAUCGUCAUUAAAAACUGUUAAUGUAACUGAAACAUCAUUAGAGUAUUCAGAUUUGGACUAUAAUGUUGAAUAUAGCACUUAUGUAACAGCUAACACCAGAUUUGGUGCUGGGAAAACAAGAAGCAAUGUCGUUAACUUUCGAUCACCUGAGGGAGCUCCAAGUGACCCUCCCAAAGAUGUUCAUUAUGCAAAUCUCAGUUCUUCAUCAAUAAUUCUCUUUUGGACGCCUCCCUCAAAACCUAAUGGCAUUAUACAAUAUUAUUCUGUUUAUUACAGAAAUGCUUCAGGUACUUACAUGCAGAAUUUUACACUCCAUGAAGUAACCAAUGACUUUGACAAUAUGACUGUAUCUGCAAUAAUAGAUAAACUGGCAAUAUUCAGCUACUAUGCAUUUUGGGUAACAGCAAGCACUUCAGUUGGAAAUGGGAAUAAAAGCAGUGACACAGUUCAAGUAUACACAGAUCAAGACAUACCUGAAGGGCUUGUUGGAAACUUGACUUACGAGUCCAUUUCAUCAACUGCAAUAAACGUAAGCUGGGGCCCACCGGCUCAACCGAAUGGUCUAGUCUUCUACUAUGUUUCUCUGAGCUUACAGCAGACUCCUCGCCAUGUGAGACCACCUCUAGUUACGUAUGAGAGAAGCAUGUAUUUUGAUAAUCUGGAAAAAUACACUGAUUAUAUAUUAAAAAUCACUCCAUCAACAGAAAAAGGAUUCUCUGAUACCUAUACUGCCCAGCUACACAUCAAAACUGAAGAGGAUGUCCCAGAAACUUCACCAAUAAUCAACACUUUUAAAAACCUUUCCUCUACCUCAGUUCUCUUAUCAUGGGAUCCCCCACUAAAACCAAAUGGUGCAAUAAUAAGUUAUGAUUUAACUUUACAAGGACCAAAUGAGAAUUACUCUUUUGUUACUUCUGAUAACUCUAUAACAUUGGAAGAGCUUUCACCAUUUACAUUAUAUAGUUUUUUUGCUGCUGCAAGAACUAUAAAAGGACUCGGUCCUUCCAGUAUUCUUUUCUUUUACACAGAUGAGUCAGUGCCUUUAGCACCUCCUCAAAAUUUGACUUUAAUCAACUACACUUCAGACUUUGUGUGGCUGAAAUGGAGUCCAAGUCCUGUUCCAGGCGGUAUUGUUAAACUAUACAGUUUUAAAAUUCAUGAACAUGAAACUGACACUGUAUUUUAUAAGAACAUUUCAGCUUUUCAAACUGAAGCCAAACUUGUUGGGCUCGAACCAGUCAGCACCUAUUCUGUCAGCAUAUGUGCCUUUACGAAAGUCGGGAAUGGCAAUCAGUUUAGUAAUGUAGUAAAAUUCACAACCCAAGAAUCAGUUCCAGAUGUUGUACAGAAUAUACAGUGUAUGGCAACUAGCUGGCAGUCAGCUUUAGUGAAGUGGGAUCCACCCAAAAAGGCAAAUGGAGUAAUUACGCAUUAUAUGAUAACAGUUGAAGGGAAUUCUACAAAAGUCUCUCCCCAAGAUGACAUGUAUACUUUCAUGAAACUUCUUGCCAAUACCUCAUAUGUGUUUAAAGUAACAGCUUCAACCUCAGCUGGUGAAGGUGAUGAAUGUACAUGCAAUGUCAGCACACUCCCUGAAACAGUUCCCAGUGUUCCCACAAAUAUUACUUUUUCUAAUGUUCAGUCAACUAGUGCAACAUUGACAUGGAUGAGACCUGACACUAUCCUUGGCUACUUCCAAAAUUACAAGAUUACCACUCAACUUCGGGCUCAAACAUGCAGAGAAUGGGAAUCUGAAGAAUGUGUUGAAUAUCAAAAAAUUCAGUACCUCUAUGAAGCUGACCUAACUGAACAGACAGUAUAUGGAUUAAAGAAAUUUAGAUGGUAUAGAUUUCAAGUGGCUGCCAGCACCAAUGCCGGCUACGGCAAUGCUUCAAAUUGGAUAUCUACACAAACCCUGCCUGGCCCUCCAGAUGGUCCUCCUGAAAAUGUGUAUGUAGUAGCAACAUCACCUUUCAGCAUCAACAUCAGCUGGAGUGAACCGGCUGUCAUUACUGGACCAACAUUCUAUCUGAUAGAUGUCAAAUCGGUAGAUACUGAUGAAUUUAAUAUUUCCUUAAUUAAAUCAAAUGAAGAAAAUAACACCAUAGAAAUUAAAGAUUUGAAAAUAUUCACAAGGUAUUCCGUGGUGAUCACAGCGUUCACCGGAAACAUUACUGCUGCGUAUGUAGAUGGAAAGUCGAGUUCUGAAGUGAUUGUUACUACUUUAGAAUCAGUCCCAAAGGAUCCACCUAACAACAUGACCUUUCAGAAGAUACCAGACGAAGUUACAAAAUUCCAGUUAACAUUCCUUCCUCCUUCUCAACCCAAUGGAAACAUCCAAGUAUAUCAAGCUUUGGUUUACAGAGAAGAUGACCCUACUGCCUUCCAGAUUCACAAUCUCAGCAUUAUCCAGAAAACUGACACAUCCGUCAUUGCUGUGUUAGAAGGACUAAAAGGUGGACAUACAUACAAUAUCAGUAUUUAUGCGAUCAAUAGCGCUGGUGCAGGGCCAAAGGUUCAGAUGAGAAUAACCAUGGAUAUUAAAGCUCCAGCACGACCGAAAACCAAGCCCAUCCCUAUUUAUGAUGCCACAGGGAAACUGCUGGUGACUUCCACAACAAUCACAAUCAGAAUGCCAAUAUGUUACUACAACGAUGAUCAUGGACCAAUUAAAAAUGUACAAGUGCUUGUGGCAGAAGCAGGAGCUCAGCAUGAUGGAAAUGUAACAAAGUGGUAUGAUGCAUACUUUAAUAAACCAAGGCCAUAUUUUACAAAUGAAGGCUUUCCUAACCCCCCAUGUACAGAAGGAAAGACAAAGUUCAGUGGCAAUGAAGAAAUCUACAUCAUUGGUGCUGAUAAUGCAUGUAUGAUUCCUGGCAAUGAAGACAAAAUUUGCAAUGGGCCGCUGAAACCAAAAAAGCAAUAUUUAUUUAAAUUUAGAGCCACAAAUGUCAUGGGACAGUUUACAGACUCUGAUUACUCUGAUCCUGUUAAGACUUUAGGUGAAGGACUUUCAGAAAGAACUGUAGAGAUUAUUCUUUCAGUCACUUUGUGUAUCCUUUCAAUAAUUCUUCUUGGAACAGCUAUCUUUGCAUUUGCAAGAAUUCGACAGAAGCAGAAAGAAGGUGGUACAUACUCUCCUCGGGAUGCAGAAAUUAUUGACACCAAAUUCAAGCUGGAUCAGCUCAUCACAGUGGCAGACCUGGAACUGAAGGACGAGAGAUUAACGCGGCCGAUAAGCAAGAAAUCUUUCCUGCAACAUGUUGAAGAGCUUUGCACAAAUAACAACCUAAAGUUUCAAGAAGAAUUUUCGGAAUUACCAAAAUUUCUUCAGGAUCUUUCUUCAACUGAUGCCGAUCUGCCUUGGAACAGAGCGAAAAACCGCUUUCCAAACAUCAAACCAUAUAAUAAUAACAGAGUGAAGCUGAUAGCUGAUGCUAGUAUUCCAGGAUCAGAUUAUAUUAAUGCCAGCUAUGUUUCUGGCUACUUAUGUCCAAAUGAAUUUAUUGCGACUCAAGGUCCACUACCAGGAACAGUUGGGGAUUUUUGGAGAAUGGUGUGGGAAACCAGGGCGAAAACAUUAGUAAUGCUAACACAGUGUUUUGAAAAAGGGCGGAUCAGAUGCCAUCAGUAUUGGCCAGAGGACAACAAACCAGUUACCGUCUUUGGAGAUAUAGUGAUUACAAAGCUAAUGGAGGAUGUUCAAAUAGAUUGGACCAUCAGAGAUCUGAAAAUUGAAAGGCAUGGUGAUUGCAUGACGGUCCGACAGUGUAACUUCACCGCUUGGCCUGAGCACGGGGUUCCUGAGAACAGUGCCCCUUUAGUCCACUUUGUGAAGCUGGUUCGAGCAAGCAGAGCACAUGACACCACACCUAUGGUUGUUCACUGCAGUGCUGGAGUUGGAAGAACUGGAGUUUUUAUUGCUCUGGACCACUUAACACAACAUAUAAACGAUCAUGAUUUUGUGGAUAUAUAUGGCCUAGUAGCUGAACUGAGAAGCGAAAGAAUGUGCAUGGUGCAAAACCUGGCACAGUAUAUUUUUUUACACCAGUGCAUUCUGGAUAUCUUAUCAAGUAAAGGAAAUAAUCAGCCCAUCUGUUUUGUUAACUAUUCAGCACUUCAGAAGAUGGACUCUUUGGAUGCCAUGGAAGGUGAUGUUGAGCUUGAAUGGGAGGAAACCACGAUGUAAAUAUUCAGACCAAAGAUUACAACUGGAAGAUAUUUUCAAAUCACAGGGGCCAAAAUUAUCCCCUCCUUCUUCUGAAUUGAAAUGUGCAAGCUUAAAGAAAUCUCUGUGCUCUCCUUACUGUGCCUUACUAAAUGGAUUGACAUUUUAUGAAUAGUUCUAGGAAAUAGCUAACUCAGGAUAGUUAUUUAUUUUAUACAGAAUAAAUAUUAUGCACUUAAAAUGUGUAAGAAAAGACAUCCCAGAGAUUUUUUAAGUCUUUCAUACUUUUGGAGUGAGCCAAAUAUAAAAUUAUUAUUAUACUAGCAUUAAUGUUUCAAUGUGAAUUUUCCCUACGUAUUGAAUUUAAUCUCGAACAAAAGUUGUAAAUGUUGAUUCAGUAGUGUUAUUUUGGCCUCCAGGGUGUUGACGUUUCUUGUGGAUAACUUCCAGGACUGUCAUAAUGAUCUGUACUUCCAUGUAUGCCCCUGUGUUUUGAAUCCUCUGUUUUAUGAGUGCUGAGAUGUCAUCUCAUGAUCUCGAACAGCUGAACAGUAACCCCUGACACUGCAGGGAUUACUUACCCUUUAUACAACACACAGUAGCUCUUCUGGGACACUUAGGGCUAUUUUGAUUGCAUUGUGAUCUUUAGUUUGAGAAAACAAAAAGAAAAAUUAAGCAGUGCAAUUGCUCCUAUAAACUACUUUUCUAGCCUGUUCACAUUUGUAUGUUUUCAGGCACAAGCUGUACCACUAUAUUGUAUAUAUAAAUACGUAGUUAAAUGUAUCAGAGUAUUUGUCCAUUAGAUACAUAUUCAACCUAAUAUUAAUGAUUUUGAAGGAUUUCUUGAGCAGAAAUAUAUAAAAACAAAUAAAAACGUGUAAUGUGUUGCAGGCUUGUAAACUAAUGAUGUGCUGCUGUGGUGCCAACAGAGACUUCUGAACAGAUUACAUAAAAUGGUCUUUAUUUCUUUUCCCAAGGUUGAUUAUUGAGGCGUGCAUGUGGUGGAAUUGAAAACCAAAUUAAUCAGGAUGUAGCAAAUUAGAGAUUUUUUAAAAAGAAAAUCUUUAAACCUCCAUUUUGUUAGAUAGCGACAAUCUACUAAGUUUUGAACUAUGUGAAAUUAUUUUGUCAUAAUUUCAAUUAAGCGUCACAAAAUGAAAUAGUAUUAAUCAUUCUUUUUUUCUAUAAUGAAAAUUAUACCUUAUGCUUAUUUCUGCUAGAAUAUACAUAUAGAAA